CCCGGGGGCCGUUGAAGCGUGAGUAAGCCACAAGGAGUCACCUUCCUACUUGAUUCUACAAGGACACUCCCCUGAAGUUUCUCUUAUUAUCAGGAUCACACUCUCUGGUCCUUCCCAUUCCUCAAUUUCUUUCCUUCAUUUAUUGCUGCGGCCUCUCGCUCUGUGUGUCUGUUUUUGUUUUCUUUCUAGCAGGUUCCUGAUUGUUUGGGUCUUACCAACCAUAGAACCAUUGUUUACGGAGUACUGUUCCCUCCGCUUCUUUCCCACCCAUAAGCAACGACUUUACCCAACGUUCUUUAUUUCUGGUUCUGUUUACUAUUCAGAGCCAUGUCUCUCAAGGACUUGUACCAGAGGUUCCUGGCAGACCAUCGCCAGUCAACUUCGUCGUUGGCUGCCGACGCCUUGCUGAUUUACAUCCCCACGACAACCAAAGUCGAAGGCAGAGAUGCCGUUCUCAACCACCUCACCAAGCAGCAGAAAAUUGUCAAGACAAAAGCGCAGGACAUUUUAGGUGUCGUUGAAGGCUCUGACUCUCUGUGUCUGGAUGUCGAGACGACGUUGGAGUUUGAUUCUGGCGGCGGGGCCUACCUCCCCCAACUCGACGAUAAUUUCCUGGCCGACCGCAUCGCGACGUUCCCCACGAUCCACAUCGUCCGCUUCAACAACCAGAAUCAGAUCCAGAGUAUUCGCAUCCACUGGGAACAGGCGUCGCUGCUGAAGCAAGUCGAGGUUAUCGGUUCUCGGAGCCGCGGUUGGCCCAUUCGCGAGGCAAAGGAUCAGACGCGCUUGAUUAAAUCCGCGAUCUCAGCGAUACCUGCAGAUGUCGGAUCUGCGCCCCCGCGGUCGAACAACGAAGAGAACUCGAGGCCAGUCACUCCGGGCAAGAGACGCAUCAAAGACCCUUACGCGGCCGAGUCCCUGACCGACCUCCUGUCCCCCGGCAAAGAUGACCGAACCGAGCCUGUUCGUCCCCCGCGCUCCGCUGCGUCCGCGAUGCCCCCGCCGCGCGAUUACGAUGAGCUCUUCGUGAGCCACGGCGAUGAUGAGCCGGAUGUCACUCCCUCCAAGCCAACUAGAGGCCCGAUUGCUCCCAAGACAGGCGCAGGAAAGAACUUCCAGAGUAAUCGCAUCUUUGGAGACGGGGACGAGGAAUCACACCCCCAGAUCGCAUACAAGGCCAACCCGAAACGCUUCGACCACUUUGAAAUCGGAGGGGAUAACGGUGACCUCGAAGUCCACGAGAACCUCCCCAACCGGCCCAAGUCUCGCCACGAGCCCCAAUGGGAACUGAACAACACGUUCGUCCCUGAGAAACCCCGCCGUGCCCUACGCGGCCAGGAAGUCAGCAACCUCCCCUGGGACGACUUCACACCUCAGCCCACCCCACCCCCGAGACACCACAUCGCACAACCCCGCCGUGACGCAGAGACCCAUUUUGAAAUGAAAGACCCCGAAGCACAACCCAAGGGGAACCGCAUCAUCAGCUCCUUCCAGAACAAGGGCCUCCAUCUCUACCGCGACCCGAUUUUUGAUUCCCCAUCCCCACAGAAGGAGCACCAAGCGCCCAACCCUUCGAACCCUAGCAACCGCAAAAACGACUUCGAAAGCCACUGGCAUAUGACCGAUUCUCCGCAGGGUAACAAAAACAACGACGAGAACCACAAGCCUGUUGGUCAGAACCGCACCCAGUCUUCUAAGAACAUGGAGUCUUCGUGGGAUCCAUACCAGUCGCCUCAGAGACCCAGCGUUGCUGGUCCGCGGAAGGGCGGCCGGAAUGCUUACCAACAAAGCUGGGACUUUGGUGAUGAGUGAACACUAAACCCAUACUCUUGAUUGUCUAUGGACCACCAACCGGGAGAGAAUUAUAUGAGCCAUGCAGUUGCCUUCGCCUUCGACACCUCUCACACGAGGACUAACGCUUACGAGACUUAUGUCGCAACUGCACGACUGAGAUUGCACCACUCACAUUUGAUAGCGUGAGAUUUGUGAUUUGCUAGUAUUGUAUUUUGUACUUUGUGUCAUAUGCGAAUACUUUUCAAGUCUAGCUACGAUGUGCCGGUGCGCAGCAUGAGUAUACAUACUACUGUGCACCGGAAGCAAGCUUAUUUGUACUUAGAUGUCUAUGUUUGAUAUUGCUUGUACUGUAUGAUUUAGUUGAAUGAUAACGAGAUCUUUGACUGUAUCAAUGU